AGCCGUGGCCGCGCGACUUGCGUGCUUUCUUUGUUUGGUUUUCCAGUGAAACGAACAGAAAUGAAAGUGAAAGAGGAAGAGAGCAGGGUAACGCUUCGCCCCACGGCGCCGGCGGGGCAGAGAUGACUCCGCUGUCGGGCCUGCUUCGCCUCGCCACACGCGUCUCCGUCGCGGCGGCCUGGUUCGUCCGCGGCCGGCUCUGUCCGCUGGUCGCGUGGCUGUGGCGCCGCAGCAGGCUCUUCUUGGCGUCGAGAGUGUUCACCCCCGCGGCCACGUACGUGCAUUUGGCGGUGGGCUGGCGAGGGGAGCGCGGGAGCGCGAACGAGCCGGAGGUGACCGACGGAGGAGACGGAGUCGGCGAGACCCGCGUCGAGGAGGGUCGACGCGAGGCCGGCCCGGGGACCGCGGGCCCCGGGGACACCGACGGGGAGGAAGACGCCGCGCUGUACCGAGCCGAUCCCGCGGACGAGUUGUACUGUGGGUACGACUCAACCUGGGAGGCGGAAGUGAGCGACGAGCGCACCCUCGCGGGGAGCUGGCGUCCCGCGGCGCCCAGACCCUACAAGUUUAGCAGAUUUGAAAAUGCUGCGAGAGACAUGUACAACUACAGGCACGACUACCCUUCGCAGAUCAGGGUGCAACCCUGGAGCCAGAACGUGCCCUCUGACGACAAGCCUAAUUUGUGUUUCUACCUCGGCAAGAAGCCCUCUUUACCUGACGGUGUCUACAUACACAAUUUCCACAACGAUUGGUAUGGAAACUACGACAAACUGGAGUAUGUACACACUUAUAUUCAAUGGUUGUUCCCACUGCAAGAACCUGGGAUGAACAAUGAUGCCAGCACACUGACAAAAGGAGAAAUUGAGGACUUUCUUGCAAACGGCACAGCGAGGGAAAACCUGCUGAGGUCGUACGAGCUGAUGUUGGACUUCUAUGGCAUCAUGUUGUGCAAUGAGAAGACGGGAGAAGUCAAGAGAGCCUCACACUGGAGAGACAGAUUCUGCAACCUGAACAAUCACACUCACAACAACCUGCGAAUCACCCGCAUCCUGAAGUGCCUAGGGACCCUGGGGUUUCCCCAUUACCAAGCGCCCCUGGUCCACUUCUUCCUGAUGGAGACUCUGGUCCGAGGGGAGCUGCCAAACAUCAAAGACAGUGUCCUCAACUACUUUGUGUUCGCCGUCCUCGAUAAGAGGGAACGCAGGAAUCUCGUCAAGUUUGCCUACUUGAAUUAUGACCGUAAGGAUGAGUUCGUGUGGUGCCCGCGGAAAAUACAGAUGAUGUGGUCAGGGCUGUCGGCGUCCGAGCCAGGGGAUGGAGAUAAAAAAGACGGUUAUGAAUUAUGAGUCUGAGUCAUGAGUAUCUGAGUCUAGACGACGUAAAUGAAGCCAAAGACAAAGCAAAUGAAACUGUCAAAGCAGAAUCUCUUAACAAUGUUGAAAAACCUGUCACCGGGCCCCGCAAUGCUGAUGAGUGAUGACUGCAGUUACAAUAGAUUUGUCUUGGCGGAGGUGGUCACAAAGCAUGACACGCAAUUCUGCCAAAUUAAAUAUUCAGUCAGAGCAGGAAAAUACAGCUUCAGUUAUGAUGCCUUAUCCAGCGAUGCACAUGCACGUGAUCUUCACAUAUUAAACAUUUUCUCACUAGUUCAUACAAAUGGUUUACACACCAAAUCUGAAAGCCUAAUUAUGUAUGCAAAUGCGUUAACUUUUGUAUUCAGUUUAAUUUCUGGGAUUUUAAUCAUAUUUCACUCAUUUCAUUUCUCCUCUCUCUCUGUUACCAUGUAUUCAUGUUUUACACAGUAAAAGUGCAACAUUUAUAGAAGUGCUUGUUCCUUGUGGAAAGGUGGGACACCACUCAUUUAGGAAGCUUGUCCGUUUCACUGUGAUUAAUAAAGCUAAAACCAUUGUUCCCAGUU